CUCCCACUGUGAACCGCACAUUUUCUAUUUGUGUUUAGAUAGAAACUUUCUCAUUACAAUCAUGAAAGCUGUAUUUGCCCUGUGCGCCAUCUUGGCUACCAUCAUUGUCACAGUGAACGCUGAUGCCGGUCGUUCUGCCUGCCGAGACCCAUCGGAAAUCGGACAGACCUAUCCACAUCACUUCGAUCCGGCCAAGUAUUGGCUUUGCCAGACAGAGGGCGUUCCUGCCACAGAGAUCGAUUGCCCCGAUGGUCUGGCCUACAUGCACUUGUUGAAGGAAUGCAUCCCAUGGGCCAGCUACAUCUGGAAGCAACCCGAAUUGCCACCCACUGUGGCCUAA